GGAGGAUUAACAACGAAAGAUAAAAUAUCUACUGUCGAUGCAACAACUGAAGAAUCCACAACUAAAAUAGAAACAACUGUAGAUUCUACAACGGAUUCAUUAACAACGGAGGAAAAGACAACUGUUUAUGCUACUAUUAAACAAUCAACAACCGAAGAGAAGACAACUGUUCAUAUAACAACCGCUGAAUCAACAACGAAAGAGAAGACAACACCCUAUGACACCACUGUGGAACAAACAACGACGCAGAGCACAACGGUUGAUAUAACAACUGAAGGAUUAACAACGAAAGACAAAACAUCUACAGUCGAUGCAACAACUGAAGAGUCCACAACUGAAAUAGAAACAACUGUAGAUUAUACAACGGAUUCAUUACCAACGGAGGAAAAGACAACGGUUGAUGCUACUACUAAACAAUCAACAACCGAAGAGAAGACAACUGUUAAUAUAACAACUGCUGAAUCAACAACGAAAGAGAAGACAACACCCCAUGACACCACUGUGGAACAAACAACGACGCAGAGCACAACGGUUGAUAUAACAACUGAAGGAUUAACAACGAAAGACAAAACAUCUACAGUCGAUGCAACAACUGAAGAAUCCACAACUAAAAUAAAAACAACUGUAGAUUCUACAACGGAUUUAUUAACAUCGGAGAAAAAGACAACG